UAACUCUGGGUUAUUUAGCUGAAAAUCCGUCCAGAAUCAGAUAUUCAUAAUUUCAGUUUUUUCAGUCGAUUACCAAACAGGCUCAAGUGUUUAAGAGAACAUUUGCUUGAUUAAUACUUUUUUGUUUUUUGUUUUUAAGCGGGUGAUAUUUAUACACACGUAAUACCUACAAAAAUGCUGCUGAUACUAUUCGCGAGUUUAAUUUUCGUAAUAAUUUUCAUCAUUCUUAUCGAUAAAUUAAAAAAUAAAAAUUUUUACAAAUUAAUGAACCAGUUUCAUUCGUAUCCGACUUAUCCGUUGAUUGGAAACUUGAACAUGUUGUACGGUUCUCUGAAUGAUAUUUUGGAAAAUUUCGAGAAAAUAAUGAUACCAAAUGAUCGCGUGUUUUUUUGGUUAGGUCCCUACCCUGUUCUACUUUUGAAAAAGUACGAUGAUAUUGCGACCGUAUUAACUCAAGCUUCACACCGCGAUAUGCUUGGAUUUGGAGAAGAAUGGCUAGGAACCGGAAUAGUGACUGCCAAAUAUGAUGAGUGGAAAGUAUCGAGACGAGCUUUACAACCUGCUUUCAGUACAGAAAUGCUUUCAUCAUACGUAAGUAUUUUCGAAAAAAAUUCAUCGGCUCUUGUAGAUAGGUUGAAACCGGCAGCAGAUUCGGGUAAAAUCAUAGAUGUUUGGGGAGAUGUCAUGAAGUGCAAUGUUGACAGUAUCGUAGAAAUCACACUCGGAGUACCAAUGCAGGGAAUAGAGCAAAAAGGAAAAGAAUUCAGUGACGCGUUGAUAGAAGCAAGUAAAAGCGUAGCAAAACAAGCGAUAACACCUUGGUUACAACCACGUAUCAUAUACAACGCUUAUUUGAGAUUAACAGGAAAAAUCAAAUUCAUUCAUCAGUUCCAUGCUUUGCCUACUCAAAUACUGCAAGAUAAACUCAAGGAGUACAAAAAUGGAGAAAAUUCAUCAGAACAUGUUGAUUCAUCCAAAGUAAUAAUCGACCGACUAAUCAAAGCAAGCUUUUCAGAAUCUAGUUUCACAGAAACACGAAUCAGAAACGAAGUAACACACGUCAUCUUCGCAGCCAUCGAAACUACAGGACUAAAUCUAUGUUUCUCAAUGGUGAUGUUGGCUAUUCAUCAGGAUAUUCAGCAAAAAGUUUACCAAGAAAUCGAAGAGCUUUUUAAAGAUAACGACACUCUCACCGCAGAUCAUUUAUUCAAUGGCUUGAAAUACAUGGAGCAAUGCAUCAAGGAAACCUCUAGAAUAUUUGCUCAUUCCACAGUAGGCAGCAGACGUACCCAUAAAGAAUGUAUAUUGAAAGACAACACGAUCAUACCAGCCAAUACGAUGGUCGCACCACUUUUCUUUUUAGCCAAUAAAGACCCCGAUUUGUAUAAAAAUCCGAAAAAAUGGGAUCCCGAACAUUUCAGCGAAGAAGCAGUAAAAAAUCGACCAAAAAACAGUUUUAUGAGUUUUGGAUACGGGCCACGAUCUUGCAUAGGAACCAGAUACGCGAUGCUUUCGAUUAAAACGGAAAUGUUGUACAUUUUACGUGAAUAUCAUUUGUCUACCAAUAUAAAAGAAUUUACGAAAGAGCAUUUGUAUGCAGAUCUGUUCGUAAGGAGUUCGAUCGGUUACCCUAUUAAAUUCACAAGGAGAAAAGAUCUGAACGAUAAUCAAAACUUUUGAGACGUCCUGCAUUUGCUUGAUGAUCAAAGUGGAUUGAAAAAAUGUAUAUCCUGGAUUUCGACGAAAAUUGGCGAGGACGUUUACUUAUUCGAGUGGGAAAUUCCCAAGAAAAAUUUAGAGCUCUCUAGAUGUCCAGGAGGCUGAUCCAGGGGCCCUCAAAGUAGGGUUUUUUUCAAAAAAAAUCCUGGUUCUUUGCCACUGACAUUAUGAUAACUUCAUUUACUAAAAUUUAAUCAUUUACACAAUACUCAUUUUUGGUGAUGAAAUCAUUGCCGUUUGAUGGUUCCAAAAUAUUCGAAGACCUAUUCGAAGAAAAAAAAACAACCCUAUAAUAUGCAUCCAAGAUACACUUUCAUAUCCUCAUCUAGUAAAAAAAUCAUUAAAUAAUGUAAAAUGGAGCUAAAAAAAAAUAUAUGUAUAUACUUCGACAUUUACACAGAUAUCACAAUGUACGUAGAUAGUAAGAUACUAUGUAGAUAAUUGAAAUAAUUUAAUGCGAGUACUUACGUACUUUUCCUAAACAAGUACUCGAUUUUUUAUUUUUAUACGUAUUUUUUUUCGAAUGUUUGAAUAUUUAUGUACUCUCAUUAUUUAAUAUAGGUAAGUAACCUCGAGAAUUAUAAUAAAUAAAUGAUGAGAAGAAACAACGAUAUACAUUGUAAAAUACUGAAACGUAAUUCAUAAAUAGUCGGACGCAAAUAGAAGAUACAGCAUUCACUUUAGACUAAUUAUUCGGCAAACCUACUUACAACCUAUCUAUAAAUAAACUCGGUACUUGCAGCCUAAUUAAGUAAUUAGGUGCAGCAUGUUUUUCAUGUUAUAACAAAAUAAAAAAUUUUAUUUGAGCAAA